AAGCCACUCCUACUCAUUUCAGAAACAGAACUGAUCUCAGAGAGCUGCUCUCUCUCAGUCUGUGACUGCAGGAAAAUGGCCAGUAUUUCAGUAGAUCAGGACCAGUUCAGCUGUCCAGUCUGUCUGGAUCUGCUGAAGGAUCCAGUAACUAUUCACUGUGGACACAGUUUCUGUAAGGUGUGUAUUAAUGACUGCUGGGAUCAGGAAGAUCAGAGGGGGGUCUACAGCUGCCCCCAGUGCAGAGAGACUUUCACUCCGAGGCCUGUUCUACGCAGAAACAACAUGCUGGCUGAAGUGGUGGAGGAACUGAAGAAGACAGAACUCCGAGCUGCUUCUCCUGCUCACUGUUACGCUGGACAUGGAGAUGUGGAGUGUGAUUUCUGCACUGGGAGGAAACUCAAAGCCAUCAAGUCCUGUCUGAUGUGUUUGGCCUCCUUUUGUGAAACUCAUCUUAAACCUCACUAUGAAGUUUCUUCCUGGAAAAACCACAAGCUGGUCAAAGCUUCCACACAACUACGAGAGAAGAUCUGCUCUCAGCACAACAAACUGAUCGAGAUCUACUGUCGUACUGACCAAACAUGCAUCUGUUAUUUGUGUACGAUGCACGAACACAAAGGCCACGAUACAGUUGCAGCUGUAGCAGAGAGAGCUGAGAGACAGCGUCAGUUAAAGGAGAUGCAUGAAGAAUCUCAGCAGAGAAUCCAGGAGAAAGAGAAGAAGCUGCAGGAGCUGAAACAGGCUGUGAACACUAUUAAGAGCUCUGCACAGACAGCAGUGGAGGACAGUGAGAGGAUCUUUACUGAGCUGAUCUGCUCCAUUGAGAAAAAGCGCUCUGAGGUAACAGAGCUGAUCAGAGCUCAGGAGAAGACUGAACUGAGUGGAGCUGAAGAGCUCAUUGAACAGCUGGAGCAGGAGAUUGCUGGUCUAAAGAGGAGAGACACUGAGCUGGAGCAGCUUUCACACACAGAGGAUCACAUCCACUUCCUCCAGAGUCUCCAGUCUCUUUGUGUCUCUUCUGGAUCUGAAGACUCUCCCAACAUCUUCAUCAGUCAACAUCUCUCAUUUGAUAAAGUGACCAAAUCUCUGUCUGAUCUGAAGAAGCAACUGGAGGAAUUCUGUGAAGAGACACUCAACAGAAUCUCUCCACAUGCUGCAGCAGUUCAGAUCUUACUGUCAGAACCACAAACCAGAGAAGACUUUCUACAGUAUUUCUGUCAGCUGUCUCUGGACGCCAAAACAGUAAAUCGUCACCUGAUUCUGUCUGAGAGGAACAGAGUGGUCAGAUGCAGUGAGAGUGUCCAGCUGUACUCUGACCAUCCAGAGAGAUUUGACUUCUUUUAUCAGGUUCUGUGUGAGGAGAGUGUGAGUGGACGCUGUUACUGGGAGGUUGACUGGAGCAGUCUGGGAAAUGUGUACGUAUCAGUCUCAUAUAAAGGGAUCAGCAGGAAAGGAUCAGGUGAUAAAUGUGUGUUUGGACGCAACAGUCAGUCCUGGAGUCUGCGCUGUUCUUCCUCUCUCUCUUUCUAUCACAACAACAUUGAGACUAAGAUCUCAGCCCCGUCCUCCUCCAGAAUAGGAGUAUAUGUGGAUCACAGUGCAGGAACUCUGUCCUUCUACAGCGUCUCUGACACAAUAACCCUCCUACACACAGUCCACACCACCUUCACUCAGCCUCUCUAUGCUGGAUUCUGGCUUUCUACCAGAUCAACUGUGAAACUAACCGAUCUGAAAUGAAUGUGUGAUAUAUUUAACGAUGGUAAUUAUGAUAUUAAUUCUUUUAGGUAUUCUGUGAUAUACUUGCCUUGAAAUGCUUCUUCUUUUUAAUUGAAAUAUUUCUCACCCGUACCUCUUUGCAACAAAGGGAGGUCUGUAUCUUAUCUGUGUACAAAAGCAUAAAAGGAUUUAUUCUAUUAUGAUUUCAAUUUAAUAUAAGGUUGUUGUUCUGUGUACAGGUUUGUUGUGCAAAGGCAACUGCUGCCUUUUUUUGUUAACAUACUUAAAAAAAUAGAAAAAAAUUGAAUUUGAA